AUGAUUAUUAUCGGUUUUUAUACUGGAUUAAGUUUUCAUGUUCAAAUGAUAACUGUUUAUGAACCAUCUCAAAGUAGUUUCAUAGAUUUAUAUGCGAAAAAUCUUCAAUCAUUUAAAUGUCCAUGUAGACAAAUCGCCAUUCCAUAUGGUUCAUUUAUACAAGUAUGGCCUUUGUUUCAUCCAGUUUGUUCAAGUUUAUUCGUAUCUGAUGAAUGGAGACGUGCUCUAUUUUAUGCAGGUCAACACGGUCUUUUCCUCUCUAGCACUGACUUUCUAGUCAUGGGACAUACAUAUUUUAAUACUCUGAAAACUUUAUGUACAAUUGCAAACGUGACUAUCUCCAAUCAAUUGUUCAUUUUUAAUCAAACAUCAUUCGUUAGUAAUCAAGCAUUAUCCUAUGAAGAAGUAUUAGCUCGUACACAACAGAUAUUGACACAAUUUGAGUCAAACACAGUAGCCGAAUUCAAACGUAAUAUUGCAAUCAUUCGUUCUCUGACUACAACUACAUAUACAGCCGGAUACGAUGAUGUCUAUUGGUACAAUAUUCCUUCGAUGUAUGACACCGGAGACAGCUAUUUUGUACCAAUACCUGCUAUAAUUGAAAAUUGUUCAUGUGCACUUAGUGAUGAAUGCAAGAAUACGAUAAGUUUGUACAAUUAUACAUCAUAUUCUACUGUCUACCCACUAGGUAUUCUAUUCAAUAUUCCGAAUAUGUACAAGAGUUGUUUCAAUAUGCAAUCCUUACUUCUAUCUUCACUUGAAUGUUUUUUCGAACGAACAUGUUUUGAUCCUAUACAAGAAAAAAUCAAUGCUAAUACAUUAUACUAUUUGAUGAUCAAUGGAUCCGUACUUUUAACAAAUUCAACACGAUUUUCUCCUAAAACAACUGUUGAAGAAAUGAUUAACGAACUUAUGAUCGAAAGAUGGUAUGAAAAUGUACGUUAUGAAGAAUAUUAUCAACAAUGUGCACCCGAACAAUGUUCUUAUUUAUUGACAUUCCACAAUAAUGCACUUUAUAUAGUUGCCAUCGUCAUUGGACUAUUUGGUGGUCUUUCAGUUGCUCUCAAAAUUAUUGUUCCAAUAAUUGUCCAUUGGAUACGAAAUCGGAUGCGUCCACAAGUAACACCAACUGAUGUGUCAGGUUAG